UCGAUAAGUUUUUCUUGUUGUCUGCUUAUAAUUAGCUUAUCAUUACUGUUUUGUCUUCGUAGCAACCGUUUACGGAAACUACAAUUUUGUAUUACUGGCAUAAUAUCUUAAUAAACUUUUUCUGGAAAGUUGUUGUUGGUGAUUUGCUCAACAAAACAGCGCGAUUCCGCGCUCGGUAUUGCCUGCAAAUUCGAAACAUGGCGCUCUUGUGGUAGACCAAUCAAACCAUCAUGACCAACAAUCUACCUGCAGGGUGGAGCGUUAAUGCAGCGCCAGUACUGUCGCAGUCAAACGGACCCGGUUGGAGCGUUAAUGCAGCACCGCCAUUCCUUUCGCAGUCAAAUGAACUGCUCCAGCAAUAUCCACCGCACCAAGCGACCGCACCCGGUGCACCGUAUCCGUCGUUCACACAACCCGUUUUACUCGCCCCACCGUACGUGUCGACGGUUCCGGCGCUGGAGCAAAACGUUUCUUUUCACCCGCCCUUUUCAACGCAACAGAAUACCUGCGAUGCCAGCAUUUCCUCCAUGUAUGCUACGGCGCACCAACAGCGACCAUUACCGUACGAGUACAUGCAGGGGAUGGGAAGCUCGUUUGGUGCCGGACUUUAUUCACAUGGGAUGGAUUGGUUAGUCCAGCAAGGGAUGCUCAGUCAUAUGAUGAGAAUGGAUCAGACUCUGAAAUGCUUGAUGCAUGCUAUCAUACCGUCAAGUAAUCCAUCUCAAGGCCGCUUACCACUGAAUUCAACAAUUGCACCACCACCAGAACGAUUCGCAGGGCCACACCCAACCCACGCUCCCAUCCCGCUGAUUAAUUACUUGCCGGCAGCGAAUGGGCAAUCCACACAAAUCACCCCAAGUAGUGAGCGCAAAGACCACUACCGACCCGUCGAACCAAUUCGUGCCCAGAAUAUUUCUCCAGCCGCAGUCGCCGAUCCCAGAGAGCCUAUGGGUAUACCGGCACCGGACUCUCAGCUUCCAGUUCCGGUUUCCCAGCUGGCUGCACAGACGGCGGAAAAUGCUAAAGCACCGAAUUCAGCAGUGGUAACCGGUAACACUGUGAAAUUGCUCCCGCCGCUCAUUGACAACAUAGUCCCCGAGUCGACACCAUCUAGUUCGGCAUGUCUGAAUGGCCAAUCAAACCACACCACAGCGCUGGUUGCCAAUGCAGCAGCAGUCCUUCCUGGUGAAACAGUGGGGGUGCCGCAGCAUACUGUCCAUACAGGCAGCGAUCCUGCUGUUAAUUUGGGUGUACCAACCUCUGUUAAAGUCCCACUAGACCUUUCGCUGAUGCCGAAAGAUCUAAACUCAGACGAAGUCAACUCCACUAUCAGAGUACUUCCUUCUGGUCAUUUCUACUGCGUCUCAUGCGCAUGUGAGGUGGGAGCGGAUGUAACCUUAAACUUGAUACCUCAUGUCAGUGGUCGCCGGCACUUGGAAAAGUGCUUCGAUCUCGUGCGGCGGACAGAAGAAGCACUGCACAAGCCCAUAAACGAGAACGGACAGGCCGGUUCGAUUCCACCAACAUCUCGAGCAUCUGUAACAUCUGACGUGUUGUCCGAUUUGGGGAGUGCGGUAUCAGACGCCGAACUUAUGGGAUCAAGGACUGCCAACGAAAAGGCUGCGGCUAGAAGAGAAGUCCCGGAAGCCAGCAGUGGCGAAGGGGAGAGCAGUGAGCUUGGCCAUGCAUUGCUAUCUUCUUCCCAAGCUGCGCCAGUUCACAAUGGAGCUCCUGAUCAGAAAAAGGUCCCGUGUCAUCAGCCGUUCUUACCACCUGCACGCAAAGGACCGAUUGUGAUUUCCGUUAAAAGUGCGAAAAGAUCCAGAGCCGUUACCGAUAUCUCCUGCUUCUCAACGCCUGGUUUUAAUGCUAUGAAUUACCCACAUUACCCAGCAGUGCAAGCCCAAUUCAACUUCCGUGAGCACUUCGGAAACGUUCCUGACACCGUGGGUUCCAGUGACACUAACCCAAGUAAGAAGCCGAAAGUCCAGCCAAUGGUAGUCGUGCCCCCCGCGCCGCUCCAACGCAAAGAGGAGAAAAGCCGCCACAAACAAUGUAUGAAGACGAUCGCCCCUGCGGGCGCGUGCCGUUUCGAACCACAACAGAAUUCCCUGCCGCAGUUUUCGCCGGUUCCGGAAAUCGAAGAUGACGGGAAUGAUCGGAUGCCUCCAUCGCCAUCCACUCAAUCACAGCAUUCACUGGAGAUCCCGCUAGCACCGAUGCCAUACCGGCUGUCUAUCUCAAGGUUGUCGAUGGAAAGUGAUGAAGACGAUUAUCCAAUCGGCAUAGGGUACACCACAGGUAAUAAGUUGCCACUGGAUGAAGUUUGCAGCGCAACUACCAGCCCUGUCCCCGUCAGUGCUAGCGGCAAAAUCUCUCUUUCGAACCAGUGCUCUGCCUCCAACUUUGCAUCCAAAAAGUCUUCCACAGCGCUUCCGGUAGUUUUCGUGCAGAAAAAGCGCUGUCAGAUGUGGCGUGAUGACAUGAAAAGAGAGAUGGCGAGACAUGCAGUUCCGUUUGAUCCUGUGCAAACCCUUCCAUUGUGCUUUGACUGCUACGAAACCGGUCCUGCUACAAAACGCAACCGGAAUCGCAACAAAGCAAAGAAGGACUGUCGCUUCAAUAACGCUCGUCUACGAUGUAUUCGCCUCGUGACCGAGUCACGAGGAUCUGAUCCAAUUGCUAAGCUGGAUUUGGUAAAGGAUGGAGACAUCAAAGACCGUUACAUGGGUGAAGAGGAACGGUUGUGGUUGUCCGGUACGCUACGUUCCAUACUGGGAAGUCCCGGAUCCAGCGGACGGCGGCUACGCACUUUGCACAAUGCACCGCGCGUAUCUUCGGAACAAGCGGCGUACGUGCUGUCCAAAGUGGGCCCAAUUUUGCUGGACAUACUGAACCAGCAUGAGAGUAUCCUGGCUGCGCCGAAUGAAGGCGUAGGUAUAAAAAGUAUUCCCUUCGGUAUGAGCGAAUGCUGCGAUGUCUGCCUGGCUUCCAUAUUCAAUGCGCAUUUUGUGUGCUUGCAUUGUGGAUAUUGUGUGUGUCCGGAGUGCUACUCGACGAACACACAGUUUGCUGACAUUGACCGGAGUCACGUCGAAGAUGCAUCAGCCGGCGCAUGCAUCCGGAGAUCUCUCAACGGGGAAGUUCUGGGCGCUCCAUGCGAUAAUUUGGGAUGGCAGCUAUGCCCCUCUAAGCGUGCAGGAAGCGUCCUGGGCAGAGCUAACCAUGCAGUCGGUGGACAAUCGGAUCACCAUUUUUUGCCAACACGUUUAAUUCCACCUGAAGCUGUUCAAUUGGUGGAAACUGGGAUUAGCCAGUUUUUGGCAAUGUCUGCCGCUGGGUCGGUAGAGAAUAAUGGCGAUGACAUUGAUUGGGAUCAACAGGAUUUUCUCUGUGAUGGCAAGGUUCUGCUGUUGCAAUCUACCAACGAAAUCGAUACUAAAGCCUUUCGAGCCCAUUGGUCGAAAAGCCUUCCAGUUGUUGUGGCCGAAGUAGGGCAAUCACUAACAGAUGCAGACGUCCCGCUGCAUGGCAUGUGGCAGCCCUCUUGGUUUGCCAAUAAAUUUGGAGACCAGAAAGUUGAUUUAAUAGACUGUGGUGCCAGACCGCAACAGCUGAUACCCGGAAAAAAACACAUGGAUUUUUGGAAAGGCUUUUCCGUAAUUAAAGACCGUAUAUCGGAUAAAAACGGUAUUCCAUCGCUGCUUAAAAUCAAGGACUGGCCAACAGAUUGCCGGUUUAGCGAGUCGCUUCCACAUCAUCACCGAGCAUUGUGUGAAGCCCUUCCUUUAGCCGAUUAUACACGCGAGAAAGGUCACCUAAACCUGGCGUCAUAUUUGCCGGAACAUUUUAACCCACCCGAUCUCGGCCCAAAGAUGUAUAUUGCCUAUGGUAUGGUGGGACAGCCAGACCAUGCAACAACAAACCUUCACGUGGACAUCAGUGACGCCGUGAAUAUUUUAGUUAAUGUUAGCAAGCCGACUGACGAAACCACAUAUUACUUGAGAGAAGCAAAGAAUUUUAUUUGGGGCUUAAAAUUGGACAGCAACACGAGAAAACGUCUCAGCGAAGGUCUUGUGCCGGGUGCCGUGUGGCAGAUUUACCAGCCGGCGGAUACGGCUAAGAUUCGCCAGUUCUUAACGAAACACGGGGGAAAUUUUUGCGACGAAGGGGAUGAUCCUCUUCAUAGUCAGAUGGAGUUCCUGACGAUAGAUCUCCAGCAGCGUCUGUUGCAGGAAACCGGUGUGGAGGGCAUGACUAUCGUUCAGUUUGCGGGUGAUGCUAUAUUCAUACCAGCUGGCGCGCUGCAUCAGGUGUGGAAUGUAUACAGUUGUAUCAAGGUGGCAGAGGACUUUCUUUCGCCCGAGCAUGUUGGCGAAUGCCUCCGUUUAGCCAGUGAAUUUCGACAGCUUCCGUGGCAUUUUCAGAAUAAAGCAGAUAAGCUCCAGGUGAAGGCCACCUUGUUCCAGGCGGUGAAAGCACUGUUACCAUCAGCUCUCAGUGCGUAACUGCGUGUGCUAUUCCAAAUCUGCCCAACCCUCCGGAUUGCGUGUAAAUUAUAAGCAUUACAGCAUACAAAGGUCAGCGGCUCACGUCUCGAAGAGGAUUAAAACCUAAUGCAGCACUGCCGUCGCUCCUCAAAGCAGGCUACCUUUUCGCCUGUAUUAACAAUAAUACAACUAAUUAAAGAGUAAUGUAAGUAUAUCUUUUCUUUACUCGAUCAUGUUGACGAAUUUACUAUCAGUAUGUGUAAUUUUUCGGCGCUUUGAGUUUGUAAUAAGCAAAUCUUUUUUGUUACAAGUAUUUUUUUAAACUGGAUUGGUGGUUCCAUUCGUUGUUUCUCUAUUUUUUGUUGGAGAAAAUGUAUUAUAUCGAUUGCACGUUGAAUACGUUAUUAUGAUGUAUGGAUUGCUCGAACUGUUUCUGUCGU